AUGUCUCAAAAUCAGUCUCCUCUACGUUACCAGAAAUCUGUUUCGAUAAUGAAAAUAAAACAAACUACGAAUCGAAAUUCUGACGAUGUGUUCGGUCGCGAAUACAAAUCAGCCAUUCAGGCGUAUCAAAAUUACAUGGAAGGACUGCACUUGAUGCUGCAGGAGAAAGAGGACAAUAUAAUGAAAAUUCUGCACCAACGCACUAGCCCUCUGUGGUUCCAGGAGUUAACUGAUGAGCAGUGUGCAGUCUGCGAUCAAUUUCUAGAUGCCAUCGCUGAUGAUACGGACGAGCAGACGAUUAACCGCUCCAAAGGGUUACUACGUUCUAUGGGCGUGUUUCCGCUCUGUCCGAGCAACAUCGUGCGAACCGCACUGAUUCUUUGCAACCGAAACGAUAUCUCGUUUCUCUGGACCCUGUUGGAGUUACACUACAUGCGGCGUGAUGCCGCCUCGGCCGAUCCAUCGUCCCCGAAGAACUACUCCACCAAUGAAAGGCUGUUGCUUUCUGCUAUAGCACACCUGGACAUGAUGACGACCCUGCGGGGAUUAGAUAAGAUCCUUCCUGUUAAAGCACCUACAGAGGGGCUGAAAUCGAGCGAGAAGAAAGCGACAGAAGCACCACGGCAGCACCCAGCGGGGUCUUCACCCUACCUCAAACGGCACACCGUUAAGAAAACGGGAUAUACGGUUCCGGUUCGCUUUCAACCCCAUAAGGACGAAUUUCUGGAGCGUUACGAACGGUACCGCGAUCCGGAGUAUGUAAUUCGCAAUGAAGCCACCCGAUGGUUUGCACGAUACAAUUCCCGGCGAAGUCUCUCAUCCGGCGAAAGGUACCUAUUCUCGAGUGAAACGGAAACUGGCUCGGAGUCUACGGAAGAGAACAGUAAUGGUAGCGCAGAAGCCAUUGCCCAACGAGUGCUGGAUGGAGCGAUAAGCGAUUUGAUCAAACGCGUCGAUUGUUGCCAAGUUCUGUGCCCGAAACAUCAUGCGGUGUCGGAUGAGAAAUGUGCCGAACUGAGGACACUCUUGCAGCGUGACUCACCGACACGUGCCGCACUAAUGGAAGCAGUCGAAGCUGUGCGUACCAAAUGGGCCGAGGAAGAACGGCCAAAGCAAAAACCGUACGACCAUGUUGAUGAUCUGCUGAAGCAUGUUAUCGACAAAGCGGUAACGCUGGCCAUCCUCGAUCCGGGGAAUGAUUGUACCGAGUGCCGGCAGCGAUACGAGAUGCAGCAGGCACUGUUGCGAGGAGAACAAUGUGUCUGCCUUUCGGAUGAUAACGCAGCACCGGCAAUUCUAUCGGCUUCUGCAUCGAAGGGGCUUUACUUUCGAUUCCAAGACUGGCCGGUUCCAUUUAAGUUUGAUUAUCGCAAGAUUCUAGGCUCAAGCCAUGAUGCACGCUGUCCGAUUAAGGAUACGAUAAAGCGUGCCUUUGAUUUGCAAGGGUCUUCCAGCGGUUCGACGACCACUUCGGAAGGGAUCGAGCGGUUCGUGAAGAUGACUUGGAAGGAGGAGUUGAACCAUUGGGAGGAGCAAAUGGAAGAAAGCCGAAAGCUCGCCAAGAACCGCACGAUUGAGCCAAGGAAUCCGCUGGAUGUUAACGAUAUUGAUACAAAGAAUCCACGAGAGUUGAAGCAGCUGCUAAAGCGUGCCCUUAAUGAGCUAGCCAAGAAUCCAAAGUACAUUCUCGCCACCUUUCCCGAUGCAUACAAGCUUCCGAUACUUGUGGCCUGGAUUCGGUAUCGUUAUGCAUGCCCCUUAAGUCCAGAGGAACGUAACACGGCUUUAUUAGCGAGUCGCUACUUUUGGGAAUUUCUUAUCCCUCACGCAACUUCCGCGAGGUGGCCAGUGCGAGACGAUGUCGGAUACGAUGCUAAGGUGAACUGGAACUACAAGCAGAAGCUAGAGGCCAAGGUCGCCAUCCUCAUGAAGCGCUUCUUUCGGAGACUGAAAAGGGUCGAUAUCCAGGAGGGACGUCUCUGGUGGACCAGCAUGGUACCAUACCAUGCCGGGCCGGAUCGGUUUCGGCGUACUUUCUACGCGUAUUUUCCUAACUGUGAACCGAAGGCGAUACCCUUGGUUCGGCCCUGGCGGUCGCACUAAGUUCGGUAUGGUAAGGAGCAA